UGGGACUGAGGCUUCCUCGACUUGGCGGGAGGGCAGCAGCCCGCCGUCUGGGGAGCCUUCCAGAAACAGGGGCGUUCCUGCAGGGCUGGGAGGUGUGGAGCAGGAGCAGCUGAGAGUUUGCUAGAAAGUGUUUCCCGGCGGGGCUGCGCCGGCUCCGGGCACGUGCGCGGGGACUCGGACCGAGGACGCCGGCGCGGGCGCAGCUCGCUCCCGGCGCUGGAGGCGGAUGCGCUGGGCACAAGUGCUGCUGGUGGACCCCUGUCUGAACCCAGCAAGGGGCCCUCAGGUGGGCCUGCCUGAGUCACCCAGAGAGCUGAGGACCCCACGUGUCUGGUCGGCCUGUCCUGGAUUCCUGCAACACAGUGUGCCCACCUAGCGUCGUCCAUGGAGCUGCGGGCCCUGCCUACCCAGCCUCACCAGCCAGCCCCGGAGAGGCCAGAGGCCUAGGCCCAGGGAGGAGGGUACCGGCCAGCAGAUGACCCCCUGGCUUCCGGGGAAAAGCACUGGGGCUGAAGGAUGCCAGCCAAGGGGCGCUACUUCCUCAAUGAGGGUGAGGAGGGCCCAGACCAGGCCGCGCUCUAUGAGAAGUACUGCCUCACCAGCCAGCACGGGCCGCUGCUGCUCCUGCUGCUUGUGGUGGCCAUCCCCGCCUGUGUGGCGCUCAUUGCCAUCGCCUUCAGCCACGGGGACCCCUCGGAGCAGCAGGCUGUCCUGGGCACGGCGUUCGUGACGCUGGCGGUGUUCGUGGUCCUCUAUGUGCUGGUGUACAUGGAGUGCCUGGUCCGGCGGUGGCUCCGGGCCUCGGCCCUGCUCACCUGGGCCUGCCUGCUGACGCUGGGCUACGUGCUGGCCUGGAACGCCUGGACGAGGGCAGCCUGUGCGUGGGCGCAGGUGCCCUUCUUCCUGUUUGUGGUCUUCGUUGUGUACACACUGCUGCCCUUCAGCAUGCAGGCGGCCGUCACUGUGGGUGUGGUCUCCACCGUCUCCCACCUCCUGGUGUUUGGUGCGCUCAUGGGGGGCUUCACGGCGCCCAGCAUUGGGGUGGGGCUGCAGCUGCUGGCCAAUGCCACUAUCCUCCUGUGUGGGAACUUCACGGGUGCUUUCCACAAGCACCAGAUGCAGGACGCCUCCCGGGACCUCUUCACCUACACUGUCAAGUGCAUCCAGAUCCGUAGGAAGCUGCGCAUUGAGAAGCGCCAGCAGGAGAACCUGCUGCUGUCCGUGCUGCCAGCCCACAUCUCCAUGGGCAUGAAGCUGGCCAUCAUUGAGCGGCUCAAGGAGGGCGGGGACCGCCGCUACAUGCCAGACAACAACUUCCACAGCCUCUACGUCAAGCGGCACCAGAAUGUCAGUAUCCUGUAUGCAGACAUCGUGGGCUUCACUCAGCUGGCCAGCGACUGCUCCCCCAAGGAACUGGUGGUGAUGCUGAAUGAGCUCUUCGGCAAGUUCGACCAGAUCGCCAAGGCCAAUGAGUGCAUGCGGAUCAAGAUCCUAGGCGACUGCUACUACUGCGUGUCAGGCUUGCCUGUGUCCCUGCCCACCCAUGCCCGGAACUGUGUGAAGAUGGGGCUGGACAUAUGCGAGGCCAUUAAGCAGGUACGGGAGGCCACAGGCGUGGACAUCAGCAUGCGCGUGGGCAUCCACUCGGGGAACGUGCUGUGUGGGGUCAUCGGGCUGCGCAAGUGGCAGUACGACGUGUGGUCGCACGACGUGUCCUUGGCCAACAGAAUGGAGGCAGCUGGAGUCCCUGGUCGGGUACACAUCACGGAGGCGACGCUGAACCACCUGGACAAGGCCUAUGAAGUGGAGGAUGGGCAGGGGCAGCAGCGGGACCCCUACCUGAAGGAAAUGAACAUCCGCACCUACCUAGUCAUCGACCCCCGGAGCCAGCAGCGGCCACCACCCAGCCAGCACCUCCCCAAGCCCAAAGGGGACGCGGCCCUGAAGAUGCGGGCUUCGGUGCGCAUGACCCGCUACCUUGAGUCCUGGGGUGCCGCGCGGCCCUUUGCGCACCUCAACCACCGCGAGAGCGUGAGCAGCAGUGAGACCCCUGUUCCCAAUGGGUGGAGGCCCAAGGCCAUGCCUCUGCGGCGCCACCGGACCCCUGACAGGAGCACGUCCCCCAAGGGGCGGUCAGAGGACGACUCAUACGACGACGAGAUGCUGUCAGCCAUCGAGGGGCUCAGCUCCACACGGCCUUGCUGCUCCAAGUCCGAUGACUUCUACACCUUUGGGCCUAUCUUCCUGGAGAAGGGCUUUGAGCGUGAGUACCGCCUGGCGCCCAUCCCCCGGGCCCGCUAUGACUUUGCCUGUGCCAGCCUUGUUUUUCUCUGCAUCCUGCUCGUCCAUGUCCUGGUGAUGCCCAGGAUGGCACCUCUGGGUGUGUCCUUUGGGCUGGUAGCCUGCCUGCUGGGACUGGUGCUAGGCCUCUGCUUUGCUGCGGAGUUCAUGAGGUGCUGCCCAACCCAGGGGAUGCUCCGGGCCACCUCAGAGAGGGUGGAGACGUGGCCCCUGCUGAGGCUGUCCCUGGCCGUGCUGACCAUCGGCAGCCUGCUCACCAUCGCCAUCAUCAAUCUGCCCCUGAUGCCUGACCCAGCGCUGGGGCUGCCUGGGGGCAACGAGACUGCAAGGAGCAGAGACAGGACCUGGAGGGAGCUCCUCCCGUAUUACAGCUGCAGUUGCAUCCUGGGCUUCAUUGCCUGCUCUGUCUUCCUGCGGAUGAGCCUAGAGCUGAAGGUCCUGCUGCUGACAGUGGCCCUGGUGGCCUACCUGGUACUCUUCAAUCUCUCUGCAUGCUGCGGCCACAGCCUGAGGAACCUCAACGACACUGACUGUCUGGGCAACCUUACCAAGACCAACAGAACCCCCAGUGGCCCCUGCUGUUCCACAAGGGAUCUGAGGACCAUGAUCAACUUCUACCUGGUUCUGUUCUACGUCACCCUUGUCAUGCUGUCCAGACAGAUCGACUAUUACUGCCGCUUGGACUGUCUGUGGAAGAAGAAGUUCAAGAAGGAACAUGAGGAGUUUGAAACCAUGGAGAACGUGAACCGCCUCCUCCUGGAGAACGUGCUGCCGGCCCACGUGGCUGCCCACUUCAUCGGUGACAAGCUAAAUGAGGACUGGUACCAUCAGUCCUACGACUGUGUCUGCGUCAUGUUUGCGUCUGUGCCGGAUUUCAAAGUGUUCUACACAGAGUGCGAUGUCAACAAAGAAGGGCUGGAGUGCCUGCGCCUGCUGAACGAGAUCAUCGCUGAUUUCGAUGAGUUGCUGCUGAAGCCCAAGUUCAGUGGCGUAGAGAAGAUCAAGACCAUCGGGAGCACCUACAUGGCAGCUGCAGGGCUCAGUGUCCCCUCCGGGCACGAGAACCAGGACCUGGAGCGGCAGCAUGCCCACAUUGGCGUCCUGGUGGAGUUUAGCAUCGCCUUGAUGAGCAAGCUGGACGGCAUCAACAGGCAUUCCUUCAACUCCUUUCGCCUCCGCGUCGGCAUAAACCAUGGGCCUGUGAUUGCUGGAGUGAUCGGGGCACGAAAGCCUCAGUAUGACAUCUGGGGGAACACAGUUAACGUCGCCAGCCGCAUGGAGAGCACUGGAGAACUUGGGAAAAUCCAGGUUACUGAAGAGACGUGCACCAUCCUCCAAAGCCUGGGUUACUCCUGUGAGUGCCGGGGGCUGAUUAAUGUCAAAGGCAAAGGCGAGCUUCGGACCUACUUUGUGUGCACAGACACUGCCAAGUUUCAGGGGCUGGGGCUGAACUGAAGGCUUCUGGAGGAGUCAGAUCACGGUGGGAAGCUGGUUUCCUCCCCAGAGCAGGUCCGGAAGCCAGCCCCAAGCCAGUUGCAAAGGUUGUGGAAGGUUCUGGCCAUCACUGCCCCCCAGCAGAUGGCUGUGCAUGGCUUCUAAGAAUUUGCACCAGAAGAUUCUCAGACACAGGCACCAGAUCCUGCUUGGAGCAACUGCUUAACUAGAGCAUGUGGUAUAGCCAGAACUUUUGUGCUGUCACUGCACCAGUUUCCGGGACAGCUGGAAGAUGACCACUGGGAUGUGAUGCCAACUACGCUGGUGGUGAUCCUAGAGUGUGAUCAAGACAGACAUCCACCUCGGCAGCCUGUGAGCAUGCAUAAGGGAGACCCACCUUUUCUAGGUCAAAGAAGGACUAAGCCAAGUUCUCUAGCCUGGGUUGGAGGCCCCCUUCUCUCCAGGACCACAGGCCAUGAAAGUCUGUAUUCCUCACACAGGUCUGAGGCUGGAAAGGGUGUUUUACAAGUGGAUUCUUCCAGUAGAGAAAAAAAUGCACAAUGGACACUUCAUUCUUGUCAUCUCUGACAUGUUUUAAAUGGGUGCAUUCUUAAUGGGGUUUUACUUUUCUUGACAACUUAGAUGCUGGGCAAAAAUCUCCAACGUGUAUGUAAAUAGAACUACUGUCCAGUGUCAGCUGAUGGGAGUAACUGGCUGUGGGGCCAGUUCUGAGGAAUGGGCUCAGAGCAAGAAGGCACGGAGCAGUGAAGCCUCGGCUCUGAGUCAGGCAGCUCCAACGAACACUUCCCGGGAUCACGUUCAGUAAGCUGAAAGCUUAGGAGCAAGGUACCACCUUUCAGCUCUGCCUGACUACUGCACUUCUGAGCUCCCCCUGCAAUCUACUAUCUCAUGCUAUUUCAGUGGGAAGGAAUGGAGGCUAUGCGGAGAGCCCUUGGACAACCUGCACUGCAUCCUUCCUUUUCUUUAGUCUUCACAUAGCUGACUCUGGAGAGCUUCAAAACUAGAAGGAUCUACUCAGCAUGAGAUGUGUCAAGGUUGCCCUACCUGGGAAGCCAGCUCCUGACAGAUGCUGAGACGUUCUUGCUCUGAACCCGAACGCAUCAAGGUAAAAAGCCAUCUUUAAGAUGGUGUCUUACCAUACUUCAGCUCCACAGGGAGCUAGAAGUCAAUGUAACUGUUUCACAGGGAGAAAUAACCAAACUGCCUGUUCCUUUUCUGAACUGACUUCACUGCUGCCAGAGCAUCUCUGGGAUCUCUAACACCACUGAAUGUCACUACAUCGCAGGGAUUCAUAGCUAGAAGCCAGCCGUGAACCUCCUGAAGUUGUACAGAAAAUCUCGCAGAAGCCUUCAAAAGACUGGUUAUAUAGGGUUGUGAUGAACUGCCACCCUUGCUGCAGAGUAGCAGAGUAGUGUGCAGGCAGGGGUGGAGGUGGUUGAAAUGGGCCCAUCUGCUCGGGUUGUGUUUUAUCAGCUUGAGGAAGGGGGACCGAUUCUAAUUUGCAAAAAGGUGCUGGGUUGGGCUAGUGGCAGCUCUAAUGUGUCACAUGUAACUGGAAUUAAUAUGCAUGCAAAAACUUGCUCUGAACACCUGUAUCUUGUACUUCGAGUAACUAAUUUAAAGAUAACAAUACACAAUGUAUUAACCAUUUUUACCCUAUUAUCUUGUUUUGAAAUUACGUUUUACUUUUUCUCUUAAAAAAAAAAAAACCCAAAAAACAAAAAACAAAAACCUUGCUCUGUAAAAGUUCUAUGGCAAAAAUGCCAGCAAGAGAUA